AUCACGAGCGCGGAAACAGUUGUGAGCUGUUUACAUUCCGUGCUCCUCUCGUGCAUCAGGACUUUUAGACAAUUCUGUGUGAAAUCUCACAAGAACAUCAAAAGACACUAAGUUGGCCUGAAGGAUGGCCCAGAAAGGUGGACUGCAUUUCCUCCUUUGCCUCCUGUUUCUCUCAUCUCUAUGUGAUUGUCAUCCACGCUCAGUGGCUGAUAACAGAGCUGUAUCAAAUCAGACUACGAAAGUGUCAGACAUAGCUGCAGAGGUAGCUGGCUAUGUUGAUGUGGCCAAAAAGAUCAUUGACCUGGCUGUGUUUGGUGCCGCUCAGAACCGCUCAUACAGACGACUGGCUGACUUCACUGACACCAUAGGGAACCGUGUCAGUGGCUCACAGAACCUGGACAUGGCUAUCAAGUACAUGUAUAAUGCUAUGACACAGGAUGGACUGGAUGUCCAUCUAGAGCCGGUAAAGAUCCCACACUGGGUGAGAGGGAAGGAGAGUGCAGAAAUGAUUGCACCCAGGGCCAAAAGUCUGGCUAUACUGGGACUUGGUAGUAGUGUCGGGACACCACCUGAAGGAAUUAAGGCAGAGGUGUUGGUGGUAAAUUCUUUUGAGGAACUGAAGCGCAGAGCUAGUGAGGCUGUAGGGAGGAUUGUGGUCUUCAACCAGCCGUUUGUGAGCUAUGGGGUGACGGUGGCUUACCGUGCUUAUGGAGCCUCUGAGGCAGCCAAAGUUGGAGCUGUGGCAACACUAAUUCGAUCUGUUACUCCAUUCUCUAUUAACAGUCCUCAUACAGGCUGGCAGGACUACCAAGAUGGAGUGAAGCACAUCCCUACAGCCUGCAUCACUAUAGAGGAUGCUGAGCUGAUGUGGCGAAUUGCACAGAGGGGGCAGAAGAUUGUGGUCAGGCUAAUAAUGGGAGCCGAGACUCUGCCGGAUGCUGACUCCUUCAACACAGUGGCCGAGAUCAAAGGCUGGCAACACCCUGAACAGGUUGUCUUACUGAGCGGCCAUUUGGACAGUUGGGAUGUUGGCCAAGGUGCAAUGGAUGACGGAGGUGGAGCCAUGAUUUCCUGGGAGGCUCUGUCCCUCAUUAAGGACUUAGGUUUACAACCACGGAGGACUAUGCGCACGGUGCUGUGGACAGCUGAAGAGCAGGGUGGUGUAGGAGCGCAGCAGUACUACAAUCUACACAAGGCGAACCUGCCCAAUUUCGACAUGGUCAUGGAGUCUGACUUGGGGACCUUCACCCCGGUGGCACUGCAGUUUGCUGGCAGUGAUGCAGCACGAAAGGUUAUGGAAGAAGUGGUCAAACUGUUGGCUCCCAUUAACACCACCAAACUGGAGGCACACGGAGAAGGGACAGACAUCUCACCUUGGAUGGAAGCAGGUGUACCAGGUGCCAGCCUCCAUGUUGCCGACAGUCGAUACUUCUGGUUCCACCACAGUGAAGGAGAUACCAUGACCGUGCAGGACCCUCGAGACAUGGACCUGUGCUCAGCGUUGUGGGCUGUGGUUGCCUAUGUGGUAGCAGACCUAGAGGAGAUGCUGCCAAGGUAGCCAGUUAGCACGCAGGAAGCUAAGCCUUAAAUCAAAUCCUACAUGAGGUUAAAUAGCUUCAUACAGGAAAUGUGUGUUUACAAAUGAAAAGUAAAGUGUCCCUGGAUAAACGAAUGAAUCCAAGAGAGGAUCAAAAGGAUGAUUCAUUAACUCCUUACACCACUAUAAAUCACAACAGUUGGAGAACAAUAAAACCAGGAAUUCAGUUUUUAAAUGAAGUUAAGAAAUUAGUCAGAUUAAGACAUAAUGUUAUUUUUUAAAAAAUACUCAUUGGUUUCACAUGACUUUGUAAAUCAGAGUUUUGUCAUCAUUAUGUUAAAUGUCAAGAAAGCUAAAAUCCCAAACAUCACAAGAUUCUUUUAUGAUCAUGUGAUAUGAGAGGAGGAACACAUUUCUCAUGUUAAGGGAGAAGCUGCAUCUUUUUUAAUCAUCCUCAUGCUGGUUUACGGAGUAAGAGAAUAGGGACUGCUGAUUUUCUUAGAUACUGCACUUGUCUUGAUGUCAUGUUCUGGGAUGAAAACAGAAGUGCCUCUAAGUCUGUGAAAGUGUAGAAGUGAAAGUAUUAGAGUGUAUGUAAAGUCCCCUCAUAUUUCUAAGUGGGAGGGAGGGGGGGAGUGCUUUUUGUGAAAAAAUAAGGAACAACACAGAGUGCAUAUGAAGUUUUAUGAACAUGUAGGGCAGUCUCUUGUGCUGUUGAACCAAAACCUCAUCUCUCAAAAGUGUUUUAAUGUUUCUUUUGAAGUCUGUUUUUUCAGAUGGUUACGGUACACUCUGUUUAACUCUGAACUCUUGCUUCCUGACAACUUGACAAAGAUGCGUUUUUACACGGAAAAGUUAUCCAGAUGUUGUGAAAUAAAAAUCAGUAAAGGCAAAAAUGAUGACUUUA